AGUUUCAGUUUGAAUUUGUCUAGCAACGAAAAACGUUUGUUGAUCAUUUCGAAGCGGAACGGUGGUGCGCCUGCGUUUGUCGUACAGUUCCUGUUCAAAUUGAUUUCUGAGCGUACGAACGAGAGCGUGUAAAGCAAAAAAUUCUUAUAAGUAAAAAAAAAAGAAAAUAAAACCAAAAAAUAUAAACAUUUUGUUGCAAAAUAAAACGACAUUUUUUUCAAAAUUUGAAAACAAAAAUCGAAAAAUACCUCCGAUCCAAUUGCAAAUAUUGAAAGCAAAAAAAAAAAUUCCUCAAUAAUAGUAAAUAAAUGACAAUUAAACAACAAUAAUAAUACUCAAUGAGAUCUGCACAGUUAUUAUAGUUAUUAUUUUUUAUAACAAGUGAAUAAAAAAAGAAGUGGUUAAUUAUUAUUUAUAAAAUUGCUGCACAAUUGCUUUGUACCUAUUUGAAAGUGUUUAAGCUGAAUGCAAAAAUAAUAAUAAUAACAACAACAACGACAGCAGUAGCUAAAAACAAAAGAGGCAACAAUAAUUGCAUUUUGCUUUGUUAUUCUUGGCCCAGUGUUGGCUGGCUGCCUAUUGACGGACGUUGGUCACUUUGUUUUGCUGGUAACUUCAAUGGAAACAAAAACAACAAAAUAAUAAUACAAAAAAUCCAAAGUUUAUAAAAAUUACGAUUACAACAACAAAUUUGCAAAAACAAUUGUCAUAAAAAUAUCGUUUGGAACAUUCACUGCAAAAUUGAAAAAAAAAAAAUAAAAUUCCAUCCAUUGACUGGCUGACUUUGAAUUAGUCUCACCACUUGUUUUUGAAUUUAGCCGCCUCUGGUUGACACACUGAUCUUCCAUUAUUCAGUGGUUCAUUGUCUCCUGAACAUUUAAUCUGAACUUUAAAUCAAUUCUCUGUACCAAUUUGUGUGUGUCUACGGUUAUGGUGUCAACCAUUCGAAAGCAUUGGCCCAGUUUCAAUUCUUCCGACAGAAGAGGGUGAAAUCAGAACAAAACAAAACAAAAAACUACAACAAAAGACUCCGUGAAACUAAGUGACAGAAUUUAUUUAAUGCAGCCUUCAAACAACAACAGCAACAUCAUUAUCAGUCAAAUAGGAAAAGCAACAACAACAACAUCACAAUCAUCACAAAAUAUUUAACGACACUUGGUAAUUCAAUCUGUUGGCCUAACAAAAUUGCGAUUUCUUGAUCCGACAAUGGACGGCGGCGGCAGUGUGGUUAGUGAACCAAUAUCGGAUGCACAUCGUGCAUUUGCCAAACAAAAAUCGGCUUCUAUGACCAUUCUCAAUCCAAAAUCAACCAAAUAUAGUUUAUUACAAGACAACACCAAUACCAAAGUCUUAAGCAAUGUAGAUGUCGAUAACUUAAGCACCAGCCUCACACAUAGCUCUACCACAGGACGAAGACGCAAAGGUUCUUCAUUGGCUGGAACUUUGUCAUCCCGUUCAUCACGAGGAGAAUGCAAAGAACUACGUUCGGCCUUGCAGGAUCGUGAAACGGUCAUUCAAAAUCUACGCAUUCAAUUAUGUUUGGGAAAACUGCCACGACCUUCUGGCCCGCCGCUGGAUGAAGCCGAUAAACCGGCGGCCGAGCAAAAGCUACAGAAACUCAAAACAGAAGCCGAAAAUAAGAAAAUUAAAAUUAAGAAUCUAAAAGGAGCCCUGGAUAAAUUAGAUAUUACAGAUAACAUAGAUGUACGCAUAAGACAAGCAGAACUGGAGUAUGCUUUGGGCCGUGAAGAGUUGCAGUUACUUUCAAUAGUCGAAGAGGCUCGGGCCUUGCAGGCACGUCUAGAGAAAUCGAAGGUCCAACCCCAAAGCCUAUACAACCUCCUCAGCGGCGGAGUCUCAGUCGGGUUACAUGCUGUCCAGGCAACUACCGGCCGAUGGGCUUCACAGGAAAUACCCGAGGGGUCUGGUGUGUUCUAUGUCGAGUGGGCCUUGGAGGGCGAUGGUCUCUACAAGGGAGAUCGUAUUAUAGAGGUAAAUGGCAAAUUAGUCGCUUGCAAAACCAAAGAAGAAUUUCAAAAAUCCAUCGGCAAUACGGGAAAAUGUCAACUGGUGGUGCUACGAAGAAAACCAGCCGCCAUACCACAAAAACAAUUGGAUCAGGAAAAGGAAAACAACUUGCGUUUGCAACAUCGAAUUUCCUAUUUGGAGGAACAAGUCAAAGAGCUGCAGGCCAGCAAACAUGAAAACGAACAACUGCAGCUACAACUCCAGCAUCAGCAAACGCUUCAGCAACUGCAACAACAGCAGCAACAGCAGGAAAACCAAUUACAUGGUCAUGUUACGAGCAUAAGCAUAUCAUCGCCACCAUCCACACCACCAGAUAAACCGUUGAUAUUCCAAAGAGGCAAUUACAUUACCACUCUGGUGGGAGGCAAACCAAUUGAGCUGUUGGGCGAUGACACACCCACGCCACCAGAAAUCGAAAUCAAACGACACAAUGUCCUGACCAAGAGCAAAUCGGCUGCCCACAUAACCAAAACAUUGAUACGUGAAAAUAGUCAGCAUGAUAUAAAUGUCAUGAUCUCCAACAAAGCUCUCUCCUCCUCCAAAAUAUCAGUAAACAGUGAUUCCAAUGCUAGUCACAGAAAAGACAAGGAGAGGCAGAAGGAACGCUACGACCGAAAUAGUGUAAGCAGCAGAAGUCAAUUGCAUGCCCGAAGCGUGGAACAUUUAAAUCACAUGAAUGGGUAUUGCGAACGCCGCCGUGAUACUCCACGCAGCACUGACAUCCACACAUUGCGAGCCCGUCUAAAUUGCGAUAUGCGCAGUGUCAAAUCUUUGGACUUUGAUAGUGACAAUGAGACACAUCAUCCUCGAUUGCGGGCUCAACAGUCCAGGGACACCAUGUCAGAGGCCCGCACCGUUAGACCGACACCGCCCAAAAAACCAUUGCGCCUAUCUCUACAGCGGGCACAAAGCCUGCAGACGGUCGAAUUGAAUGCCAACAACGAAGUGGAGCGCAAGCGUCCCGUCAAACGGGCCCACAUGACAGAGAAACCCUCCCUGACUUGUGAUAACCAUGUGGACAACGGCAGCAGUUUACUCAUCGAAAACUGUCGGCAUGCCGUUGCCUCCGCUUCGUCCAUGCACACGACGUCUUCGUUGGGUCGCCAUCGGCACAAUCUAUGAAAAUUACUGAAUAGUCUCUUUCGUUUACAAGAAGAGAUUUGAUUUUACAGUAAAAAGAGUUCGUUGAGAUGCCGAUGGCCUUUGUCAGCCUUUGUUUUACUUUCUUUUGAAAAGAACAAAACUUUCUGUGGAAAGUUUGCUUUGUUUUUCGGAAAUUUUUCGUUUUGUUUAUUAUUUCUUUUUUAAGCUAUGUUUAGGAACUAGUAACCCAAACCAUCCAAUUAUAUAUAUCCUUAUAGAAUGAUAAGUUACAUUUGUUUAUGUAUUGUUUAGUUGAUAAUUUAGGAGUAAAAAAAAGAAUAUUUAGUUAAAUUUGACUGGUGUAUAGUAAAAUAUAAUUUAUA